AUGAAAUUCGCCGCCGCCGCCCUCUCUGUCCUCGCCGUCGCCAUCGCGGGCGUCAGCGCUGAGACCCACACCGUGACAUUCGACAACCGUUGCGGCUUCGGUACCCCCCAGCUCAUCCAGGGAAGCCGUGUCCUCUCCAGCGGCGGCGCGUACACGAGCAACGGCCCGCUCUGGUCCGCCAUCGCGUACCUCCAGACCGGCAACUGCCUGUUCAACGGAGAGCGCUGCACGACCGUCGAGACCACUCUCGUCAACCCGACCUCGCCCGGCUCGGGCUCGAGCACCGACAUCUCGCUCAUCCCCCCGCACUCGUUCUCGGUGACCACCGGCUUCGGGUACUACCGCGGCUGCGACGGCGCCGGAGCCAACUGCAACGGCCCGAACUGCCCCACCGCGUUUCGCGUCCCCUCGGACACCCACGUCCAGGUUGCAUGCCAGAGCAACGACGUCAACCUCGUCAUCACCUUCUGCGCUUAA